UAAAGAAAAAGAAAGGGAUAGCAUGAUCUUUAGUUGUACAUUUUAACUGUUACUUAUUUGUGUAUAAUUCUCUUAUUAACUUGUAAAUUUAAAUUUUCUGUACUGAUGAUGAAUCGUUACUGAUUCAAACGUUCUACAAUCAAAUUUUCAAAUAAAGACUUUUUCUUAUAAAUUAAAAGAUUUUUUUCAUUUUCUCUCCAUAGGUAUUUGUUGAUACAGUUGGUGAUCCGGAUAAAUAUGCAUUAAAACUUCGCUCAAUAUAUCCAAAAAUAAAAGUUUGUGUAUCAAAAAAAGCUGACGAUCUUUAUCCAAUUGUUUCGGCGUCAAGUAUUUGCGCUAAAGUUAUUCGUGAUCAAAUUGUUGAGAAUUGGAAAUUGAGUGAAUACGAUAAAACGUUUGUCUAUGGUAGUGGAUAUCCAUCGGAUCCAAAUACAAAAUCAUUUCUCACAAAAUGUAUCGAUCCAGUAUUUGGUUUUCCAAAAUUUGUGCGUUUUAGUUGGUCAACUGCUACAACUAUUAUGGACAUUAAAUGUGUCAAAGUUUUAUGGGAUGACAGUGAAAAUGAAGAGACUAGUAAAACUAAAUCAAAUAAACGAAAAUUAGAACAAACUGACAGUACUAAUGGUAGUACACCCAAAUCAGUAAAAACAUUACUGAAUUAUUUUGUACAUAAAAAAGCCAAUAAUCAUCAUAAGGACGGAAGUGAUUAUUUUCGUGCGUCUCAUCUACGUCCAGCUGUAUUAUAA